AUGCACUCUAUGCUUAUGGCAGUCAGUCAGUCUGGUACAUGGGACGAAACGGAAGCAGCUCUGUUUAUAAUUUCGACAGUCAUCGGCAAUAUUAUACCCGAGGAGAACGCUGUGGUUCCUGAAUUGGUGACUGCAAUAAUUGGCCUUCCACCGACUUCGCAUCCUGCUCUCUUGCUUACGUCGAUCGAUCUCGUUGGAAGUGCAAAUGAAUGGUUGAGCAAGAAUCCAUCAUACUUGGGGAAAGUGGUCGAAUGGCUCCUUCACCUUGCGGUGACUCCUGUUUUUGCCGCUACUGCAACAGAAGCCAUAGACAAAAUCGUUGUGCGCUCAUCAUCGGAACUAACCCAUCUGAUACCACUCUUGGUGCAACUGGUGCCUCAUUUGGAGUCAUCGCAGAGUCACGGCAAAAAAAUGGAAGCGGCGAUUUCGAGCUGUUUGAAAGCCUGUACAACACUUAUAAUGAACCUUCCGGAAGACGGAAUCCGCGAGCGUUUAUGCGAGAUGUGCCGGCCAAUAAUUCAGCGGCUGCAGAUGGUUCUGUCCUCAACGCCUGUUAUCGCCAUGAAUAAUGAAAAUGAGAAAGCUGCUGAUUCAUGGGCUCGAUUUGCUGGUGAACCUGUUCUUUGGAUAGACCGUAUAGCCACUAUAUUCCGAGAAGUGCGACCAUGGAAUGGUGGUGCCUCGAAGUCAAUGAACGGCAAUGCAUCUCAGCAAGCGCCUUGGUUGGACAUAGCCACAGAAUUGUAUGGAGUGUUGUCAGAGUCCCUUGAAACGUUCAUUGUUCGUUCGCUUGGUGUUCAGUCCAUUGGUUUUGUUGAGCCGUUGAUUACUCAGAUGAUGGACAUAUUCUCAAGGCAUCAGCAUUCAUGCUUCCUGUAUUUGUCGUCAAUUCUUGUCGAUGAAUACGGUGGAAUGGAGUCGUUGCAACCUGGCCUGAUGAUCAUGCUAGAGACUCUCGCCCACGGAACGUUCACUGUGCUGACUUUGGAGAAUGGACCGCGCGACCACCCUGACACCGUUGAUGACCUUUUCCGUCUUGCCAUGAGGUUUGUGACACGUGCUCCGUCAGCGUUCUUUACACAUACGGUAGCAACGGCACUUUUUGAAUGUGCGAUGGUAUGCCUCUCACUGGAUCAUCAGGAAGCGAACAGAUCCGUUACUCGUUUCUUUGUGUCCAUAAUUGAGCAGUUGCUCUCCGCCAGGAAGACUGGUUUUCGCGAUGCUGGCGUCGAAGCGGCUGAAGAUCUAGUCGUUCAUCAUGGUGCAAAACUGAUUGAAUUAUGCUUACAUGCAGCGAUAUUCAAGGUGAGUGGUUCGUUACGGCGGGAUCUCGCUGAGAUCGUAUACAUGCUGAGCAAGAUAGACAGAGGGCGCCAUAAGGAGUGGCUUACAAUCGCGACUUCUCGUCUACCUCGUGGGCCACUGGCAGCAACAGAUGAACAGUUGGAACAGUUUGUUGCCAAUAUAACAGCCGAGUGA